AGGCAUCUAAUUUGUAUAGUAAGGUUGGUCGUACUUGUAUUAAAAGUUUCUCAGUACCUAACCAUUUUAUCAGAAUAACCAUUCAAAAUUCAUUCAUUGCCUAUAACAUAUGUAUUUUAAUUGAAGGCCAGCUUAACAUGGCCAAAUUAUUGUAUUUCAUUAUUUUAGUUUGCUUUAGCAGUUGUUUAAGUAAAAAAUACAAUGACGAAGAAAAGCCGGAAUGGGCGAAGAAAGAUAUUCGUGACUUUAGCGAUGCCGAUAUGGAACGCCUUUAUGAUCAAUGGGAAGAAGACGAUGAACCAUUGCCAGAAGAUGAACAACCAGAAUAUAAGCGUAAACCACCUUCAAUAGACUUAAACAAUCUAGACAUGUCCAAUCCAGAAUCUGUAUUACAAGCAACGAAGAAAGGUCAAACUCUAAUGAUGUUUGUAACAGUUGCUAACAAACCCUCAAAAGCAAGAACUGAAGAAUUGACCAAGAUUUGGCAAAGUGGUCUUUGGAGCAAUCACAUACAGGCUGAAAGGUAUCUUAUAGAUGAUGAUAGAGCAAUAUUUAUGUUUAAAGAUGGCUCUCAAGCAUGGACAGCAAAAGAAUAUCUUCUGGAGCAAGAUGAACUCAAAGAUGUUCAAUUAGAAAGUCAAACAUAUGUUGGAAAAAAUCCAGAUAUAAAAAAUAAAGCUGUUAGAGAUGAGUUAUAGAUCUGAAUAAGAAUGUUGUAGAUAAUUGAAAAAUGCAUUUUAUUUAUAAUAAACAUUAAUACAGUACAGCAUGUAUGUAUAUAUAUAUGUGAAAUAUUUUGUGCAUUUAAUGAAACAAUGUUUUUGCAAAUAUAUUUAUUUUAUUUGAGAUACAAAAAUAA